GAGGCAUAGCGAGUCAUCACCAUGUGUGAACCGAAGAGCUUUCUCACAACUCAGAAAGUCAUCUGCUGGAGUGUUUCUUGAUUGGAUACUUGCAUUGUCGACGUGGUAGUCAUUGAACUUGAAUCCAUUUGUUCACCGUGAGAAGUAAGAAGAUGUCGCAAAACAUGAACUUCUCCAUCCCAGACGAUCUUAGGCUGUACCUUGCCGACCUUGACAAAUUCAUUGACGACAAGAUUCUUCCGCUUCAGUACAAGGACGAUAACAACCGCUUUUUUGAUCACCGCCGGGAGCACGCGCGAACAGACUGGGAUAACGGCGGUCUGCCCCGCAAGGAAUGGGAGGACCUGCUCUCAGAGUCAAGGAAACUGGCUGACGAUGCAGGAUUCUAUCGAUUGUCCCUCCCAAGGAAAUAUGGCGGUCAAAACAGCGAGGACGGACGAGGCAGUAAUCUAUGGAUGGCCGUUAUACGGGAGCACCUCGCCUCGAAGGGGUUGGGUCUCUUCAAUGACCUACAGAACGAGCACUCGAUGGUCGGGAACUUUCCAGACGUUAUCAUGCUAAUGAACUUUGGCACCGAGCAGCAGAAAAGGGAACUCAUUAAGCUGCGGUUAGAGGGCAAGUUUCGGAUGACAUUUGGGUUGACAGAGCCCGGUCAUGGUUCGGAUGCAACAUACAUGGAAACGCGAGGACACCCUGAGAGAAGGAACGGCAUUGAUGGAUGGCUGCUGAACGGCUUCAAACGAUGGCAGACAGGCAUGCAUCACGCUACGCACUGCUCUAUUUUUGCGCGGACGGCGGGCAAGGAUGGAGAAGUGAAAGGUAUCUCGUGCUUCAUCGUACCGGUUGAUACUCCAGGCCUCAAAGUAGAGUCAUAUGAAUGGACACUCAACAUGCCCACCGAUCACGCAACCGUGUCGAUCAAAGACGCUUGGGUUCCCGAAACUGCUGCGUUAGGCCCUAUUCACAACGGCCUCGGCGUUGCGCAAGCCUUUGUACACGAGAAUCGCAUCCGACAAGCUGCGUCAUCCCUGGGCGCAGCAGUAUUCUGCGUCCGGCAAUCCGUCGAAUACGCCAACGAACGCGCUCCAUUUGGCACUCCUCUUUCGCAUAAUCAAGGUAUACAAUUUCCUCUUGUCGAACUCGCAACCCAAUGUGAGAUGCUGCGACAAUUGAUUCGCAAGACAGCGCUGGAGAUGGACUCGAUGCCCCAUCACGAGAUCGAAAGCAAGAUCGGCGAUAAGGUCUCCAUGUGCAACUACUUUGCCAAUAGGCUAUGUUGUCAGGCUGCAGACCGCGCGAUACAAGUUCACGGUGGUAAUGGAUACUCACGGCACUAUCCGUUUGAGCAUAUAUGGCGCCACCAUCGACGGUACAGGAUCACCGAGGGUAGCGAGGAAAUUCAAAUGCGAAAGAUUGCUGCAUAUCUAUUUGGAUUUGGUGGGAGAAAAAGUCUGGUCGACGCUACGAAGCAAGGUUCCAAGUUAUAAAUGUUGCUAGAUAUAUCGGAAACACAGCACGUCAAAGCACUAACUUUCGCAAUGAGUCUUCUGCGGUUCAUGAUCCUCUCUCUCUCUCUCUCUGUUGAGAAAACUUUCGAGUUUGGAUUAUUAAUCGUUUUCUGAUGUAUCGUACUGGUUAAUUGUUGCAUGUUUCGCGUCUAUAAGCUCCUUCUCGGCACAAAGAUCAGCAGUGGAAACGACGUUCAGGCAAAGGAAAUCGUAAGCUUUUGAGCUAAUGUUUGUCUGUUGUGAAAAGCGUGAGCACAUGGAGAUAUGAAUUUGGGCGUACACUUGGUCGUCCCGAUGCAUUU